UCCUUACACUAUCUGAUUCUUACCUUCCAAUGGGGGGGAUUUACUGGACCACUUCCCGACAAUGUCAAUGUUUGUAACGGCUAAUCUCGAGUACUUUUUAUGCGCUGUAGAACACCGUUCCUGACCGAGCUCAGUACUCGUCUUGGCUAGGUUCAGGCGAGCGUUUCACCAUGAAAUCCUCCGUGUUUAUCCAAAUCAGCUUGGGGUUCACCCUCACGAUCGUCAUUACCGUUGUAGCGUACAUAAUUGUGAUCCACAAAACGCCCAAUGAAUCCGAAUCGGAAGCUGCCGAGCAAAGUGAUUCAAGCUUUGUUCGAUCUUUCAGCGAUCCGGUGUGGGGCUACCGCUGCGUGGACAACCGUUGCGUGAAGACGGCCAUUGAGACAGGACAGGAGGAGGUUUGGGGUCUCCAGGUGUGCCGGUUGAACUGCAGCGAACCGUUUGGGACGGUUUGGCCGAAACCAACUGGGUCGGUGAGUGUUGGGAAUGGGUUGGUGGCGAUUGAUGGGAGGUCGGUGGAGUUUAGGUCAUCGGGAACGUUGAAGGGGUAUUGGGAUUUGAGUGCUGAGCGUUUCCGGGUUCAGUUGGGUAACAAGCUUGCUGGAGAAGAGGCCAAUUCUGGAGGUUAUCGGAUGGUUGUUGAGUUGGACGUUAAGGAUGAUUCAUUGGUGUUGAACCAUGACACGGUUGAGAGCUACCGUUUGUCGGUAGGUCAACCGGUGCAUGAUCAAGUGAUCGUUACCAUUGAGGCGGAGAACUACUUUGGAGCCCGACAUGGUCUGGAGACGUUGGCUCAGCUGAUUGUGUUCGAUGAUCUUAGCGGUGAUCUACUGGUAAUGGUAGGCGCUGAGAUCCAGGAUGCUCCAGCUUAUCCUCAUCGAGGACUGUCUUUGGACACUGUACGGCACUACGUAGAGGUGGAGUCCAUUAAGCGCACUAUUGACGCCCUAGCCAUGGUCAAGAUGAACGUGUUCCAUUGGCACAUUACCGACUCGCAGAGUUGGCCGCUGGUCAUCAAAUCGCACCCGAUUCUCCAUACCUUCGGUGCUUACUCACGCAAGCAGAUCUACACUGCAGAGGACGUCGAGGACAUCGUUCAGUACGCUUUGGUUCGAGGAGUUCGUAUCAUCCCGGAACUGGACGCACCAGGUCACAUCGGUGAGGGUUGGGAAAAGACCGGUCUCGUAAGCUGCUUCAACUACCAACCUUGGGUGCAGUACUGCGAGGAACCUCCGUGUGGUCAGUUCGAUCCAACCAAGGAACAGGUCUACGAAGCGCUCGAGGAUGUCUACCGUGAAAUGAACGCCAUGUUCGCUCACUCCGACCUGUUCCACAUGGGUGGUGACGAGGUGAAGAUCAGUUGCUGGAACACCAGCACCGACAUCCAACAGUGGAUGCUGAAUCAAGGUUGGGGCCUGGAAGAAGCCGACUUCCUCAAGCUGUGGAACCACUUCCAGACCAACGCCCUCGAACGGCUCGACAAAUCCCUACAGGAUAACCGACCGAUCAUCCUGUGGACCAGCCGCCUCACCGACGAACCCUACGUCGAUCAGUACCUGGACAGCGAUCGCUACAUCAUCCAGGCGUGGACGACCGCCGAUGACCCCAUCAUACCCAAACUUCUCCAAAAACGCUUCCGCCUCAUCAUCUCCAACUACGACGUGCUUUACCUGGACUGUGGCUUCCCGGGCUGGGUUCAGGGUGGUCUCAACUGGUGCGCCCCGUACAGCGGGUGGCAGGACAUCUACGACAACGAUUUCUUCGCCGUAGACCCGCAACUCUCCGCAAACAUUCUCGGAUCUGAGGCGGCCCUCUGGACGGAGCAAGCGGACCGGCACACGCUGGAUUCACGCCUCUGGCCGCGGCUGAGCGCGCUGGCCGAGCGACUGUGGACCAAUCCGGUGGAGCGGUGGCAGUCGGCCGAGUCGCGGAUGAUGAUCCAUCGGGAACGGCUGGUGGAGAAUGGGGUUGGGGCGGACAGUCUGCAGCCGACGUGGUGUCUGCAGAACGAGGGCGUGUGUCCGAUUGAUCGCAGUUGAGCGGAGGGGUUUUUGGAGGAAUACAUUGUUUUGUUUCA